AUGCCGACAAUCCUCGAAAAGCUCUACCUGCCCAUCGUGGCCACCCAGCUCGUCGGCAUGCUCCUUCUCGACCUAGUCCCCUUGUACCCCCGAUUCCUCUGGCAAGAUGCCUCGUCGCCCCUCCACGGGCUCUUGUCCCUGCGCGCGUGGUGGACAGCCACGUCCGGGGACCCAUACUUUGCGUCCCUCGGCCACGAGCCCUGGUUCCAGGCCUUUCUGUACGUCGAGGCCGUGCUGCAGCUGCCUCUGACGGCGUUUCUCGUCUACAAGCUCGCGUCGAGUAGGCCGACGUCGGGGCCUACCGAGCUGGCCGGCCUGGUGUACGGGUGCGUGACGGCCUUGAGCUCGCUCGCUUGCUGCCUCGACAUCUGGCACAUGGGGCCCGAGAGGGUCCGCGCCGACAAGAAGGAGGGGUUGCUCUGGGGCGCGUAUUUUCCCUAUGUGGUGAUUCCUGCUGUUAUGGCGGUGGACAUGUGGUUCUUUAGACUGUUGCCGCGGAUGCGGGCUGCGCCAAAGGCGUCGAAAGGUGUGACUGGCCCUGCUGGUUUUAGAUGA